GUUGUAAACAUCUUCCACGUGUCAACUCAAUUGCAGUCCCCACUAGUAGAGAGUGAUAAACCCUUUUAGAAAGAAACCCCAAAAAGCCCUUUACCACAAACAAACCAUCGACCAGAGACCAGAGAGAGCUACCAUGGCUUCGUUAUCAGCGGACCUUGGCUUAGCCACCGCCAUAAUCGCCCUCACUUCUCGGACUCCGUCACCGGCCUCACUUUACCGGCUUCGAACCGCAGUCCAUUUCCCUCUCCUAUGCAAACCCGCGGUAAGCUUCUCCACUUCGUCUUUUCGCUCAGGACUCCUUGCCCUCGACUUCGCCAAGCCGAGGCUCGGCUCUAGAAGCCGCACUGUGGCUUCUUCUGCCGCAACCACCUCGCAGGAGAGCGAUACCUCCGACGUUAAUACGAAGAUUCCACCCGAUAAUAGGAUCCCGGCCACCAUAAUCACCGGUUUCUUGGGCUCUGGAAAGACAACAUUGCUUAAUCAUAUAUUGACUAAGGAACAUGGGAAGAAAAUUGCAGUUAUUGAGAAUGAGUUUGGUGAGGUAGACAUUGAUGGUUCUUUAGUCGCUGCAAAAACUACUGGGGCUGAAGAUAUUGUUAUGUUGAAUAACGGUUGCCUUUGCUGCACUGUGAGGGGUGAUCUUGUAAGGAUGAUAUCAGAGUUGGUGGAGAGGAAGAAAGGGAAAUUUGAUCAUAUUGUGAUUGAGACUACAGGGUUGGCGAAUCCAGCACCAAUCAUUCAGACAUUUUAUGCUGAAGAUAAGAUUUUUAAUGAUGUCAAGUUAGAUGGUGUUGUCACUUUGGUCGAUGCCAAACACGCUGGAUUUCAUUUGGAUGAAAUCAAGCCGAAAGGAGUAGUUAAUGAAGCAAUAGAGCAAAUUGCUUAUGCUGAUCGUAUUAUUGUGAAUAAGACUGAUCUUGUGGGAGAGCCAGAAAUUGUUUCAUUGGUUCAACGAGUUCGGAAAAUCAAUAGCUUGGCUGAACUCAAACGAACAAAAUUUGGACAAGUAGACUUAGAUUAUGUACUUGGUGUUGGGGGUUUUGAUUUGGAGAGGAUAGAGAGUGCCAUUGAGACUGAAGGUGCAAAGGAAGAUCAUCAUGAACAUGGGCAUGAUCAUCAUCACGAGCAUGAUCAUGGGCAUGAUCAUCAUCACCAUGAUCAUGAACAUGAACAUCACCAUGAUCACCACGCCCAUGACCAUACUCAUGAUCCAGGUGUUUCUUCGGUCAGUAUAGUUUGUGAAGGGAGCUUAGAUCUUGAGAAGGCUAAUAUGUGGCUUGGUACAUUAUUGAUGGAACGAAGCGAAGACAUAUACCGGAUGAAAGGUCUUCUAUCUGUUCAGGGAAUGGAUGAGAGAUUUGUUUUCCAGGGUGUUCACGACAUAUUCCAAGGUUCACCUGAUCGGUUAUGGGGCACAGAUGAACCAAGAGUUAACAAGAUAGUUUUUAUAGGUAAGAACUUAGAUGCAAAAGAACUAGAGAGUGGUUUUAAGAGCUGUUUGCUGUGAUUACUAAUACUAAACUAAGGUUUCAGCAACAUGUAAUACCACAUUUGUCACUCUCACUGUCACAUUUGAGUAAUGUAAUUUUGCUCAUAUCUUGUUUUGGUUUAAUUCUUAGUAGAAAAUCUGUCUUCUGGUCUUCGAGUUGUGUAUCAAGGAUCCUUUUUUGUAUAAUCUAUAAAUUAAAGUUGAAUAACAGGAGAAAUUUAUUAA